AUGCUGCGACGGCCUCCAGGCGAAGGGAGGCAUGUUGCCCGUCAGCGGACCUACCUCCUCGCCCUCGCCGUUCUCGUCAUCUCUUGCCUCCCCCUGGCCGACGCCCAACAACAACAACCAAAACCCCUCGAGCCCAUCCCUCCGAUACGCCGCGUCGGCCAACAACAGCCCGCUCCCGGUAGCAGUCAGCAUGAGGCUUUUCGCGAUGUCCACCCGGACGCUGCCGCCCGCAACUGGGCCGCUACCAACAUCAUGGCCGGCAAUGCUGCCGAGUCUCCGAGGUCACGUCGAAACUCCGUAACCUCGAGCCAACCCCAACCCAACAAACAACACAACCGUCGGUCCAAUCCCGACAAUAUCAUAAUUCCUAACGAUGCGAGCGCCGUCGCAACUUUGGCUCCGGCUCAGUCCGUGCGAGCACCUCCUUCUGGACAUCGACCCAUCGCUUCCCGUGUCGGAGGCGACGGGAUCUCUACGCAGCACCAUGCGCGGAGUCUGAAGGACUGGGAAGUAGAAGACUUCGUUCUUAUGGCGACCGUCGAUGGACACCUCUACGCCAGCGAUCGCGGCACCGCCACAGAACGCUGGCGUCUCGAGGUUGACCAGUCAAUGGUGGAAACCAAACACUACCGCCUCAACGCCUCCGACUUGGACGACGACUACAACUUCAUCGACCACUACGUCUGGGCCAUCGAGCCAACCCGCGACGGAGACAUUUACUACUGGGUCCCUGGUUCCAGCGAACCCAGGCUCCUGCCGACAGGCCUGACCAUGAAGCAGAUGGUUGACGAGGGUGCUUCCGCCCUGGAAAACCCUCCCAUCGUAUACACGGGCACCAAGAAGACCACCAUGAUCACGCUCGAUGCUGCCACCGGCCGUGUGCUCAAGUGGUUCGGAUCGGGUGGCUCCCACGUCAACGAAGCCGAGAGUUGUUUGCGUCCAAACGCAUUGUACGACCAGAACAACGAGGAGUGCAGCUCCAUUGGCUCAAUCACCCUCGGUCGCACCGAGUACGAGGUCGGCAUUGCUCGAAGAGACGGUCGUCCCAUUGCUACACUCAAGUUUUUCGACUGGACUCCCAACACCAACGACUACGACCUCCUCAGCCAAUAUCAUCAAUCCAUCGACGCCCGCUACCACACGACUACCCAUGAUGGGAGGAUCUACGGCUUUGAUUACGGGAAGACUAAUAAAGGAGAUCUUCCCGUCUUCUGCAAGGCACAGUUUUCGUCUCCGGUGGUCAAAGUUUUCGACGUCUGCAGACCUGUUGGCCUGGAGCCCUUGAUCAACCCGGACCUGAUUGUACUGCCACAGCCCGUUCCGCCUGCCACAGACGGCAGCACGGCUCGCAUUAGAAGCCAGCGCAUUUUUGUCAACCAGACCGAGACGGGCAACUGGUACGCUCUAUCAGGGCGCUCUUAUCCCCUCAUUCUCGAUGCACCUGUGGCCAAGACGUCGUCACCAGACUGGCUUCAGCUGGCAACCCCAUGGGAAAAGAUGAACGAGACGCAGAGAAUCAGGGCCAUGAUUGGCACCCACUACAUGGACGGUGUUACUAGGGAGAAGAUAUACCAACCUCCCAGCCUUCCUGGAAGGGCCGAGACGUCUGAUGCUGUCUUGGACCCUGAAAACGACUCGGUGCUGCCCACUCCAGUUCCCGAGGAUGUCGAGACGCCAACGAUUGUGAGGAAGGUCAAGUCGAUUCCACACCACGUUUCCAACAGCGUCAUCGACUUCUUCUCCAAUCCUGUCCUUAUUGUUCUCAUUGUCUCUGUUCUGUUCUUCUAUCAGAAGGACCUGCGUCGGUGGUACAAGGCGAAGACGACAAAAUGGAACAUGCGCUACGAGGCUGCCUCGGAUACGGAGAAUAUGGCUGAACUUACUCCUGAGCCUACAAUCCAUGACGAUCCCUCCCCUACCGAACCCAUCCAACCUGAUGCUCUGCCUAAGCCCGAGGUGGCCGCGGCCGGCAACACGCUAGCCCGUGAAGCACCGGCGAGUUCUGUCGAAAAGGAGGAUGAGAAGAUUUCCGUUAAUGCUCAGCCUGCUGCAGCUCCCGAGAAAGAGUCCUUGACUCCUCCCGAGCCCGGUACCCCUGAGGUGGUCAAGAAGAAGAAACCCGCUCACCGUGGUCGCCGGGGAGGCACGAAGCAUCGCAAAGGCAAGAAGAGAGAAGAGAUGUCUCAGUCUCGGGAGGAUGAGCCGCCUGCAUCUGUCGAGGAUGCCGUCAACAAGGCCAAGAAGCUUGGAGAGCAGGCAACCCGUCUGGAGCCCGACGUCAUGACCGUCGCGAACGACAUGCAAGCUGUGACGGGACCCAUUAUCAGGAUGGGCAAUAUCGAAGUAGACACCGAACAUCAACUAGGCACUGGCAGUAACGGUACUUUGGUCUUCGCCGGCAAGUUUGAUGGGCGUGAGGUCGCUGUUAAGCGAAUGCUCAUUCAAUUUUACGAUAUCGCGUCGCAGGAGACGAAGCUGCUGCGGGAGAGCGACGAUCAUCCUAAUGUCAUCCGUUACUACGCCCAACAAGUCCGAGAUGGCUUCUUGUACAUUGCCCUUGAGCGAUGUGCUGCGUCUCUGGCCGAUGUGGUCGAGAGACCUCACCACUUCUCUCGACUGGCCCAAGCUGGUAAGAUGGAUUUGCCUGGUGUCUUGUACCAAAUUGCCAAUGGUAUCCAUCACUUGCACAACCUUCGUAUCGUUCACCGCGACUUGAAGCCUCAGAACAUUCUUGUCAACAUGGGCAAAGAUGGCCGGCCACGCCUUCUCGUUUCCGAUUUCGGCUUGUGUAAAAAGCUGGAAGGUGGCCAGUCGUCCUUCGGUGCGACUACGGGGCGCGCCGCAGGAACAUCUGGCUGGCGAGCCCCUGAGCUGUUGCUCGACGAUGACGCUAGAGAUUCUGCCAUGGAUGUCAGCAUUAACAGCGGUUCCGGUUCCAUUCUCGUUGGCUCUGACAUGAUGUCGAACCGUCGUGCAACCCGCUCCAUUGACAUCUUCAGCUUGGGGCUGGUCUUUUUCUACGUUCUGACCAAUGGUCUGCAUCCUUUCGACUGCGGCGAUCGCUACAUGAGAGAGGUGAACAUUCGAAAGGGCAAUUACAACUUGGCACCUUUGGAUGCGCUCGGCGACUUUGCCUACGAGGCCAAGCAUCUCAUCGGCCUCAUGUUGAACGCGAACCCCAAGGAACGUCCUUCGGCCCGAGAUGUCAUGGCCCAUCCCUUCUUCUGGCCUGCCAAGAAGCGCCUUGCUUUCUUGUGUGACGUCUCGGACCACUUUGAGAAAGAGCCAAGAGAUCCUCCUAGCGAUCACCUCCAGUACUUGGAGAAGCACGCGCCAGCCAUUACCAAAGGCGAUUUUCUCCGCCUGCUACCUCGCGAGUUUGUGGAUUCUUUGGGCAAGCAGCGCAAAUACACGGGGUCUCGGCUGCUCGAUCUGUUGAGAGCGCUGCGCAACAAGAGGAACCACUACGAGGAUAUGCCCGAUUCACUGAAGCGGACUGUAGGUCCCUUACCCGACGGUUACCUAGCGUUCUGGACAGUCAGGUUUCCUAGGUUGUUGCUGGACUGCUGGAACGUGGUUUGGACAGUGGAGUGGGACAGCACUGAUCGGUUCCGGGAAUACUACGAGCCAGCGGGUUUGUAA